AUAUGAUUAAUACUGAAUAAACAGCCUAUAAGGUAAUGCUAUUAAAUAGCAGUCCCAAACUAGUUUUUGUAAAUACAGUUAAGUUGGUUUAAGCCACCACAGUCAUUUAAACACAUACAAAAUGACACAAAGUGCAAAUAACAUGGUAUUUUUGGGUUAUGGAAACAACAGUUACCAUGGUGAAUAUACAAUACUAACAUGAACUGUUAAUGAAACGUGGAAACUGCUCCAGAAUAGAAUAAAUAUAACAUACCUUCAUGCAAAUCCUUCCCAGCUAACACACGCAGUAGCAGUUAUGUGAUUUAUCGGUACUCUACUUUUAUUUCACGCGUUGCAUGCUCAGUGUCUGCGCUUUAGUGAAGUGAUAUACAGCGCGUGCUGUUGAAGAGUGCAUCAGGGGCAGGAUAAUUCGCUUUUCUUUUUAUUUCAUGACAAGUAAUGAAAAUAACGAUAGAAUAAUGACACUGACAUUAAACCUGUCAAUGUCAUCUCAUCUGACCGCAGAUACUGAACCGGGACAGCGCGUUUUUCUCAGGCACUUAAACUGCAUCUGACAGAAGUGUCACCAGCUUUCAUGCAAGUCUUUUAAAAGAAAAGUCUCGCAUCAGAAAAACAUUAAGAAUUACGUUUUUUGUUGUUGAUGUCGUUUCUUUGGCCGUACACUCCGCGACCCACCCUAUACUAUACUACAGUGCAUAGUAUGCAGUACAGUAAAUCAUUUUUAUGUGAUAAAUGGCUCCCUCGUGUGGCCGUGUGGCUGUACUGCAGCUGCGUCUUUGUAUAAGGUUUCCGAUGCUGUCCGAAAGUUCCCGACGGUUUCCGAAACUCUCCGCCAGUCGUGCCAGUUUUUCCGCCCUGUCCGCGUCUCGGAGCCGGGAUCUGCUUCUUGCUUCCGUCCAUGGCCGUCAUCUCUGGAGCAGCGGCAUCCAGGCUUUAUUUACCAUCAUUUAACGCGUUUGUUUGGUGUCCCGCGCGGCGAAUAAAACGCGUCAGAUCAGCUGCAGUGAAGCGACGAGCUUUUGUUUCUGCGCUGGACUGAACGAGUCCAGAACACAUCAGACCAGCGCAAACCACCAUCUUCAUCAUCAUCUUCAUCAGUGUGGAUGUGCUGGAGUUCAGCUGAUGCAGUAGCAGGUUAUUUCUGCUCGUCUGUCUCAGGGUGAGCAGAGGAAGAGAGAGAGUGAGAGACACAGACAGCCGUCUAUCUUUCUCUCUCUCUCUCUUCACCUGCGUCCGCAGCAGCAGCGUCUCUGUAAGGCUCUGGUCUCUGUGGCGCAGCUUCUGUCCAAACCAUGACGUCACCCCCGUCCCUGCUGGCCUCCCCGUCCCCAUGUCCUCCUCCCCCUCCCUCGCUCCCGUCCUCCCCCACGCUCUCCUCUCCCGCCCCGUCCUCGCUCCCCCUGCAGCCCGCUCUGCCGCCCACCGGAGAGGUCAUGAUUCUGGCUCUGGGCCGUAAGAAGCAGCGGCUCCUCAUCGCUCUCUCCAUUCUGCCCAACCUCUUCCUGGCGUUCCUGCUGUCCUCCGACCCGCUCCUGACCCUGUCCCCGCCCUUCUGCUGUCGUCUCCCGCGACCCUCGCCCGCUCCUCAGGUGACCAACGCCUUCGUGAGGACGGAGAAAAGAGACGGAGAUCUGCCCCAGUGCAAGCACAUGUUCGUCAACGGCACGCAGUCGUGUGUGAAGGACUGUGAUGCUGGAUACGACUACAACGUCACCGAAGGCCUGACCAAUAAUAUCGUCACAGAGUGGGAUCUGGUGUGUUCGCGGUACUGGCUGGUUCCAGUCGAGGAGGUGUGCUUCAUUCUGGGGACGCUGACAGGCUGUCUGGGUUUGGGCUACACGGCUGACCGACUGGGCAGGCAGAAGUCUCUGCUGGUGUCUCUGAUGCUGGCGGUGGUGUUUGGGGUGCUGGUGUGUGUGUCGCCCUCACCGCCCGUCUUCAUCACCAUGCGCUUCUGUCUGGCCGCGGCGAGCGCCGGCGUCUUCCUCACGCUGUACGUCACACGUGUGGAACUGUGUGACCCGUCGCUGCGGCUGCUGGCGACGAUGAUGUCCGGUCUAACUGUGUUUGCGGGCGAGCUCCUGCUGCUGGCUGUGGCCCUCGGCUGCGGCUCCUGGAGGGGCCUGUUAGGAACCGGAGCAGCUCCUCUGUCCUUGUUCCUGUGCUAUGGGUUAGUCCAUGAUGAAUGUGUGGAACUGUGUGACCCAUCGCUGCGGCUGCUGGCGACGAUGAUGUCCGGUCUGACUGUGUUUGCGGGCGAGCUCCUGCUGCUGGCUGUGGCCCUCGGCUGCGGCUCCUGGAGGGGUUCAUCUCUCAUGUUGGACACGGAGUCGUCCUCGUCUCCUAGACGUCCUCAUCUGUCUUUCCCAGAGCUGCUUCAUAGCAGAAACAUCUGGAAAAACCUGUGUGUGCUGGGAUUCACUUUAAGUCAUUCCGUCAGAGGAUUCACCCCCAGUUUCUAUUGGACGUACCUGCUGUCUGUAUGUGCAGGGGGCGGAGCCUGGCUGUUGCUCUGGGCAACGGUGGACAGGUUUGGUCGUCGUGGAAUUCUUCUUCUAGCCAUGACCUUGACCGGACUGGCCUCCCUAAUCCUGCUCGGACUCAUGGACUAUCUGAGUGAGUCAGCCAUGACUGUGUUCUCUAUAAUGGGCCUGUUCUCGUCCCAAGCGGCCGCCUCCCUCUCCAUUCUGUUCACCGCUGAAGUCAUGCCCACCAUCAUCAGAGGAAGUGGUGUGGGAGCGGUCAUGGCUUUGGGCUGUGUGGGCCGCCUCAGUUCUCCUCUCAUGAAUCUGCGUAAUCACUACGGCUACUUUCUGCACCAUGUGGUCUACUCGUCUCUGGCCCUGCUGGCGGUCCUCUCCAUCCUGCUUCUCCCGGAGAGCAAACGCAAACCCCUUCCACAGACGCUGGCGGAUGGAGAACAGUACCGCCGUCCUCCGCUGGGCCGAAGACGUAGGGAUAACGUUCCUCUUCUGGCUACGCCUAACCCAGAGACCUAGCCUUCACUCUUCAACCACAAAUACUGAGGGACUGACCUCGGAGUCCCGUCCUAAUAAUCCUGUAUUUGUAGUCAUUCCUAACACGUGUCGGUGGAGUCGUGGCACAUGGACUCCGUCAUGAAGUGUGAGGGGUGAAGGGUACCGAAGCGCGUCCACGGAGUACGCAAACGCUUGUCAGUGCACAGUGGCAUAAACAAGGGCAUACAUUUUUAAUUAAACAUUGUCUGACCCAUGUAGCAUUCGGUGACUUAUUAGUAAUAUAUUAGACCAAUAUGAGAUAACGGCUCAAAAUGACAGAGGUCGUUUUGAAACAUAUUUAUCCCUUUCAAAACAGGCUUAAGUUCUCACUCCAGAUGGAAGGAGGCUGGAAUUGGUUCUCUUAGUACUUUAACUCAUUGCUGCUAAGAAUGGCGCGCCUAGAGGAUCGCUGCAGGACUGAUCGAUGCAUCGGGCGAGAAGCGCUGAGGAUUAUUUAUGUGCACUCUGAUUGGACUGAGGCAUGAUACUAGAAACACUUAUUAUUGUAUGUUACGUCACUCUUUGUUAAAGGAGUAUUAUAGGAAUGCAACUUAAGUUGUAUGUGCAGAAGCUGGGACGUGUUGUCAGUUACUCCAGAUUUUAUUGUUGACUGUUGCACAAUCAGGUGAUAACAUUUGUUGCAGAUGGAUUAGUCAAAACAUAACAAAAUAACGGAAUUUGUGCUGUAAAAAAAUGCAUCCUUCAUAUCUCUGCUUUUAAAACCUCUAGUGCAUCAUCCAUUGUAAGUGCUUUACUGUGCACACUGAUCUGAGGGACAAUUUUGUGGAGUAAUUUGACAGCUUAAGUUGCAAUAAACCUGUAAUAUUCCUUUAAUGAGGCUGAUUGAAAUCGCACUGCUCAUAGCGUCCCUUAUUUCUUUGUUACUUACCUGCUGAAGAGUAUGACAGCAGCGGGAAGGAUGUUAACACUGUCAGGAUUUAUUUUGUGUGUCUUUCUCUCUAUUUUGUCUUUGCCUAUUGCAUUUUCAGUCUGAUUAUUGAAAUAAGGAACAUUGGAAACACGAGUUAUGUAGCUUUCUCUUGUAAAUGAAAUUAAAAUGCACUUAAUAGUUCUAAAUUGUUAGUAAUAAUUUAAAUUAUUAAUACUACUACUACUUGAAUAAUAGUAAUAAAUCUGAUGAUUGCGCAACACUUACUAAACAAUGCUGUAAUUAUUAAUAAAUCUUUAACCAAGUCUAAUUACAAAUAAAAUCUGGUAAAAUCACAGUGAUUAGAAGUGAAUAUGUUCUUUGG